UCCAAAACCAAAGUGUAAACCUUUAAUUUCACAUUGUAAUUAACAAAUUCCAAAUUUCGGGAGACCGAUUCAUUGCAUUCAACACCUUUUCUCUUUCUCCGUAACCAUCCCAAUUUCUCAUUAACAUUUACGUUUUUUUGGGUUUCUUGGGUCAGGUUGCAUUACAUGCCUACAUUUUCAAUUUCGUCUUUUUACAUCAUGGGGUUGAUUUUUUGUGUUUGACACUAUCAGGGUUCUCUUUGUUUUCGUGUUUUCCUUUCUGGGUUGGUGGUUUUUAUUUUAAUUUUUUUUUUCUCUUGUUGGGUGGUUUUCUAAAGAGUUUUUUUGGGUGGUUUCAAGUUGAUAGAUUGGUGUAAAGGGAGACAUGGGAAGGCUUUUCUUGAUCAAUCUUGAAGGAAACUUUUAUAGCUGCAAACACUGCCAAACACAUUUUGCUCUUGAUGAUGAUAUCAUUUCCAAGGCUUUCCAUUGCAGGCAUGGGAAAGCAUAUCUUUUUGAUAAAGUUGUGAAUGUCACUGUUGGUGAGAAAGAAGAACGGAUGAUGAUCACUGGAUUGCACACUGUCGUAGACAUAUUCUGCGUUGUAUGCGGGUCCAUUGUUGGAUGGAAAUAUGAGUCUGCUCAUGAGAAGACUCAGAAGUACAAAGAAGGAAAGUUUAUCCUUGAAAGGUUUAAGGUGUUGGGACCUGAUGGCAGCCUCUACUUGGCAUCUCAAGAUGCUCAUGUUGCUGGAAGUGAUGCUGAUGAUGUUUGAUUUGCUCAUUUCAUUUCUGAAUUGUACAUUCUCCAUGCUUCACUUUGUUAAAAUCUGUUAUCUAGACUAUUAGAAAUAGUAUACAUACUUGCAAGACCCCUCAAAGAGCUUUUGAAAAAGUUACAACAGUUUUAUUUCAAUUCAGAAUCAAUAUAUUUUUUGCACCUAUCUUGCCUUA